CCCAGCAGAGUUGAAACUAAGCGAACGUCUGAUGCAUUUGAAACACACUGGCAAUCAACUCACACCUGGUCUUCGUUUUCUGCGUUUCUGCAAGCCCUGCAAGUUCGAGUUUAUUGUUCUUUCCCAUAACCUCACGUUUUUCAGUGGUUGGUGCUACGUUGAAUUACCGAACUGACAUUAUUUGCCAAGCUGCGUAAGUCUGCGCGGGUAACAACAACACGUCGUCUGCCUGCCCACCCGACUGCGACAUGAAGUGGAAACCACUGCCCUACUCCAGGAACGACGACCAUCGAAGUCAACUGAGCGAGGCAGCCCUGAAGAAAGUGCGCUUCCAGAAUGAGUUAACCGAGGAAAGACAAGUGAUAGAGAUAGGAGGCGGCACGGGAUACUUUGCCCGGCAGUUCCUGCUACCUCACUGCCGACCCUGCAGAAGACUCGUGGCUACGGACUUGGACCCGGAGAUGGUAGAGUUCGCGACUGAACAUUUCUCCCACCAGGACAUCGUACGCGACGUCCUGGACAUCGUAACGCCUGACUUGACACCGUUCUUGGAGAAGUACGGCAAGUUCCAGAGGGCUUUUGCCUUCCUGGUAUUCCACGUGAUCCAAGACCAGAGAGCUGCCUACGAAAACAUCGCGAAGCUGCUGACCGACGAUGGUGAAUGUCUCGUCGUAGCAUACUCCAGCUUUGACCUAGUGGACUUGUGGAAGGAUGUUUACGACAUUGGCAAAUGGAAAGGAGUUAUACCGGACCCGAGAAGCGUUCUCAACGCCUCUUUCAACUUCAACCAAAUCAAGACGACGGCUCAAGUCGAAUCCGAAGCCAGAGACACAGUACGUGGUACCGGGUUGGAGUGUAUUUCCUGCGAGGUGUACGACACUCUCUGGAAGUACGACAGCCUGGACACCGCCGUUGAUAUGUUCCUAACCGUCGUUCCUUUCAAGGACACUGUCCCCGCUGAGGAGUGGGAAGAAUUCCGGAACCUGUGGCUGAAAAUUGCACGCCGAAAGAUGUCCCCUAUCCCGGGAAAGCCUGUGGAAGUGAAGCACCAGCUCUGCGCCGUUCACACUCGUCGCUCCAAUACAGACACGGAGUAAAUUGUAAUAAGUGAUAGCUUCUUGAGCAGAGCUCAUGGUUGAUAACUACUAUAGCAACCAGGGCAGGACAGUAUCGUGAUACAAGAGUAUCGCGAUAGCAUCUGAGAGAUGCUUUUGAGUAUCUGUAUUUCUGUAUCGAGAUACAUUUGAAGAAUGUAUUUGUAUAUCAGUAGUUAAAUACUUUUGCGAAGUAUGGAUUAUAUCGCGGUACUUUGCAGGACACGGGUAUGUCGUUACUUUUUCAACGCGACAGUGCUUGAUGCCGGGGUCCACCACGGCUUCACUGACGUAUUUCCGUCACGGAAGUGAGUCGGUAAAACGCACACGAACAGAUGGCGAAGAAAAACGAGACGAAAAGUCUAGUUCAAUUGGAUCACCUGGGAGUCUAACCCACAACCUCUCGGUCGGCGACGAUAGGCGCUCUCCCCACUGUACCACCGACGCACGUGCACGAGGCUUCACAAACGCGCCUUAUAUCUCUCACACCUUCUCCCUCUCACAGUAGCCUUGAUUGGUUAGAGCGCUGUCCCCGUAUGGGAGUGGUGAAGUAAAAUACUGCAUGAUGACCCUAACGAGCGCCGACAGGGAGCGCUUCGGUAGUUUCCGCGCAACGAUGGCUCUUUGUGCAUGAUUGAAAUGCACUGGACUCCCGACCUUUUUCGGAUGAGAAGCUUUUGGGUGCUUGGGAGCAUGCAGACCAGGCCCAACGAAGUUUAAAGUGCCUGUUGAGAUUUCUAAGUGAUACAGGUUUAGAUACUCGUCUUUAGAGGAGGAGGUGGAAAAAUCUUUAUUAGAGGUAUAUACUGGGAGUAAGCGACAUGUGCGGCAUAAAGACUUUUGCGCGUGCCCUGUCCCCGUGCAAAACAGUGUGUACAGUGACUCAUUUGCCAUACCAUCGUCGCCUAUCAUCCCACCUCCCUCUUUCUCUUUCUUUCCCCUUUCCUCUUACCUCCCUGAGGAGUAGCAGGCUAGAAACCCGCUUUCCAGGCCGACCUCUCCUCCUUCUUCUCAUUAAAAGCAUCUUCUUCUUCUUGAAAUGCGAUAGCACAUACUAAAAAAUUACACCAUCUCCCGCUAAAGGGGACCAUGAGUAGAUGCGAAGCCGGAGCACUUGCACGAUCGCGUUCCGUUGGCGUUCGUUGGGCAUGCUACCGAGCUCGCGUCGGGGAACGCGAAGAGCGACGCUACGCGCGUCGUAUCUUCCAUCUAGCCUUGCCGUUAAUUCUCACAGGGCGAGCGGGCAAUGCGGUCGACAGGCGGGCGAGAGGGGGCAGCGUAGGAGAGGAGAGAGAAGGGGAGGGGACGCGCAUGCGCUCGAGCUCAUCGCGGCGUAGCGCAGGAGAGAAUUUCGGCAUGUCUAGCCCGCGUUUCAGAGGAAGAGUGGA